AUGCAUCAUAUCAUCUUCGAUGACAAUGAGUACCUCAUCGGGAUUAGUGGGCGUGUCGGAUCAUUUGGUGACAACACUGUGAUUACCUCAGUGACUUUCCAGACCAACAUCGGAACUUAUGGGGAAUACGGCACAAACCCUGGGACUGAUUUCUCAUUUGGGGUCACACGCGGUAAGUUUUCGGGAUUCUAUGGAAAGUGUGGCAGUUCCGUAGACUCUUUGGGUGUCAUUCUUCAGGCGUGA